AUGGCAAAAUCCAAGUCCGCGAAGCGCAAGCGCAAUGCUCAGAUUGACCUGCCACAAAAACUUCCCAAGUCCACCGCAAUCCUCACCCCACCGCCGGAUGGCACCCCUCUGGAACCCAAAAACCUGCAGACCGUUGUCUCAGAUGAGGAGCUGGACAUUACCAUCGAAACGCUCACCACCCUAACGCAGUAUCCGAAUUUGACCAAGUCGAAAGCAUGCAAGGAUCUUCGGGUUGCAGUCUAUGACUUCCGUCAGGCCUGUACGACAGGUGUAAACCAUGCUGAGGGCGCGAAUCUGACAGCACGCAUCACUGGCGCUCUGGCCGACGGAAAAUACAUCGACGCCAAAGUUCUACUCGCCGAGAUGAGAAUCAGGGGGGAACAACCGAAGAUUGGGGCUCUGUGUCGCUGGGUGAGGGAUUUGGAUGUCGUCAGCGGCCUGUCAACGCAGCCCGGCAAGGAAACCUCUGUUGAGCGCAGCGCCAGAGACUUGGAACUGCUGGGCGUUCUUGAUGCUGUCCUGCGCGUCAGUACUCCCAUUGAUCUGAGCCCGGAAGCUGUUCCGUCCACCUCUCCAAUUGCCUUCCAAACCAUCUGGGAUCUGCGACCGUCGAACCCACCACUGGAGGUUUACGCCUCCGUCCUAGACAAGUCUAUCUUAGCAUCGGCUCCGACCUGCCCUUCGGCUCUGCGAGUCAUCGAAACAACCCCCGGUCCCUUGCGCAAGCCUCCCAAUCACCACCCCGCCAUCCUCUAUACCACCGCACCCAACGCGGUUCCGCUCUCGUCCACCCCACCAGCCACUAAAUACCACCCCCACCCUUUCGUCCCCGGCUUAGGUCUCGCGCUCGACGUCCUCUCCCCGGCGGAGUGCAAAUCCAUCAUUGCCGCCGGCGAAUCGGUCGGCUUCCUUCCCGACGCGCCCCUCCGCGAAGACGGCGACAUGAGCAUCUUGGCCCACAACUUCUACUGGGUCGUCGACCCAACAUUCCACGACCUGCUGUGGGCCCGCAUUGCCCCGCACGUACCACCAGUCAUCAACGGGUGCCAGGCGCGGGGUCUCAACCGCCGUUUCCGCGUUUAUCGAUACGUCCCGGGGGCCGAGUACAGAUGCCACAUCGAUGGGGCGUGGCCGCCAUCGGGCAUCACGGCGGACGACAAAUACGUUUAUGACGCCUCGCCCGAGGACAACCGGCAGAGUUCCAUGUACACAUUCCUUCUCUAUUUGAACGAUGAGUUCGAGGGCGGGGAGACGACCUUUUUCCUGCCUGCGGCGAGGGAAGGGACGCUUAACGCGUAUCCCGUCCGGCCCGUGAUGGGGGCGGUUGCCUUGUUUCCGCAUGGGGAGUCGAACGGAGCGUUGUUGCACGAGGGAACGGGGGUAAGAAAGGGGGCCAAGUAUAUCAUUAGAAGUGAUGUAGAAUACGAUGUUAAGCCCAUGCAGACGUGA